GGAGUUUCAUGAAGGUUUGCAAGAAUGGAGUUACUCCGGCUUUAUCCUGUGGAUGUAGCAGCAGAGUCUCUGCCUUGUUCCCCACAGAUCACAGUAGAGGACCGGUUCCGACUAAAGAAAUCACCGCUCCUGUCUCCUACACGGUGCACAUCACCCUCCAUCUGCAGGAUAGAACAGCCGCGGAGGAUAUGCCUCACGCCGGAGGACAGGAAACUCGUCGUAAGGUCCCCAACGGACAAGUUCUACCUGCCCAUCUACAACUUCACUAUAGAAUCCAAACGGAACCUGUUGGAACAACAUGUGGUCGUCAAGAUCAUGUCCACGCAUGUCAGGGAAAGCGGUCUCAGGGAGGGUGACGUCAUAUUGUCUAUUAACGGAAGUGAUGUGCGUGCACUUAGUCAUGAUGACGUCAUAGCUCUAAUACAGCGUCAAAAGAACGACUUGAGAAUGGUUGUCAGGGCGUCACCCGGAUGGUUACUACAGCAACCAAGAGCAGAGAACGCCCAUGUGGAACGCAGUCUCGCACCCAGAGGUCCAAAGACCACAAAUGUCGGAGAUUUUGAAGACAAUUCUCUUGGAGGCACUCUACAGAAAAUGCACCCUUUCGCAGAACCGAAAAGCGUUACCAUAAAACCACAUCUAUUGUACAGGCUCCCCGAGACGAUGGGUGAGAUCCCAGUCUACGGCAUCUCCAUUCACAGCGAGAAGGGCAUCCAUCAUGUCGAGGAGCUCUACAGCAAGAACGCUAAGGAAAGCGGUUUGAAACGAGGUGACCUGAUCUUGACUAUAGACGGACAGAAUGUUGGAGGCCUGUCUAGGGAAGAGGUUGUGCGGAGAAUCCAGGAGCGGUGUGACCACCUGGAGCUGACGGUAGUCAGUCCACACUACCACUGGGCCAGGAGGUUCUGGCGGUCCUGGAAGAAACUCGUCCAACCCUUCAGGGUCAUCUUCGGCAAAUCUGAGUGGAUGGGCUAACGGAGAAGAAGGGGACACCCCUAUGUUCCAAUGCCCCUACAUAUAUGUUCCAGCACCCCUAUGUUCCAAUGCCCCUUCAUAUGUGUUCCAGCACCCCUAUGUUCCAAUGCCCCUACAUAUAUGUUCCAGCACCCCUAUGUUCCAAUGCCCCUACAUAUAUGUUCCAGCACCCCUAUGUUCCAAUGCCCCUACAUAUAUGUUCCAGCACCCCUAUGUUCCAAUGCCCCUACAUAUAUGUUCCAGCACCCCUAUGUUCCAAUGCCCCUACAUAUAUGUUCCAGCACCCCCAUGUUCCAAUGCCCCUACAUAUAUGUUCCAGCACCCCUAUGUUCCAAUGCCCCUACAUAUAUGUUCCAGCACCCCAGGCCUAUGUUCCAACACCAUCAAGUAACGACGCCCAUAUGUGUUUCUAUGCCCCUAUACAAGCGGUAUGUUAUGUUCCAACGACCCUAUGUUUCAAAACCUCUAUGUCCCAACACCUCUACGUUCUGACGCCCCUAUGUUUUGACUUCCCUUUGUUUCGAAACAUCUACGUUCUGACGCCCCUAUAGCUAUGGUCCGACGCCCAUAUAUUCCGACAAAGGGUUCGGUACGUAAGGGUAAUGAUCUAAAAGAAAAACAGGUUGGGUUGUCAGAACAGGGUGUCGGAACACAUAUACACGGGGCAUCGGAACAUACAUGUAGGGGUGUCUCGUACAUAGGUGUUUAAGGCUGCCGAGGAUUAGGAGUACACUCCCUGGAGCUCAUGAAAAAUGGGACUGACGUUGAGAUUUAUGACGACGUGGCUUACUGUACAUAUGGAUGAGGCCUAGGGGACCCAGAGGACACUUCAAUGGUCAUAGACAGAAAAUUGGCUGGGAAAAACUGGCCAAUGUCAUGGCUCACUUCAAUAUGAAUUAUACAAUAAUCGAGACAAAGAAUCGUGACUAUAUCUACCAGUAUGAGCGUGAUAAAACGAUGUCACGUUUGGCAUAUUCGCCA